AUGCCACCCCCAACAUACUUCCCUCUGAGGUGGGAAAGCACCGGAGACCAGUGGUGGUACGCAUCACCGAUCGAUUGGGCAGCUGCUAAUGGACACUACGACUUGGUCCGGGAGCUUCUGCGCAUCGACGGUAACCAUAUCAUCAAGCUGACUUCCCUCCGUAGGAUCCGACGGCUCGAAACCGUGUGGGAUGAUGACGAGCAGUUCCACGACGUGGCCAGGUGUCGCUCGGAGGUCGCAAGGAAGCUGUUGGCCGAGAGCGAAACCAAGAAAAGUCAGAAUUCCCUUUUCGGUUGCGGAUACGGUGGGUGGCUUCUGUACACGGCCGCAUCCGCCGGUGACUCGGCUUUUGUUCGGGAGUUGCUGGAUAGGGACCCGCUUCUUGUUUUCGGGGAGGGGGAGUAUGGAGUGACUGAUAUUCUGUAUGCUGCUUCCAGGAGCAAGAACUCAGAGGUGUUUAGGGUUGUUUUCGAUUAUGCAGCUUCACCUAGGUUCUCGCAGCAAGGUGGGGGGGAGGUGCCAUCGGGUUAUAAGCUGGAGAUUAUGAAUAGGGCGCUUCAUGCGGCGGCCAGAGGGGGUAAUUUGAAGCUGUUGAAGGAGCUUCUCAGUGAUUGCUCGGAUGAUCUGUUGGCUUAUAGGGAUAAUCAGGGGGCCACGGUUUUGCACGCGGCGGCUGCUCGUGGUCAGGUUGAGGUGGUAAAAGAUCUGACAUCCUCCUCCCCGGACAUAAUCAAGUCGACAGACAACCAAGGUAACACCGCCCUGCACGUGGCCGCCCACAGAGGCCACCUGCCCGUGGUCCAAGCCCUCAUCCUUUCAUCCCCUGCCUCCAUCAACGCCACAAACAACGCCGGCGAAACCUUCCUCCACACUGUCGUCUCCGGCUUCCAAACUCCUGGUUUCCGGCGCGUCGACCGCCAGAUCAAUCUUCUCAAGCAACUGCUCGGCAGCCAACUUGUCGACAUAGGCGAGAUCAUCAACGCCAGGGAUGCUAACGGCAGGACGGCCCUCCACCUUGCCAUCACUGGCAACAUUCACUCCAACCUGGUCGAGCUUCUCAUGACUGCUCCAGGCAUCGACGUCAAUAUCCGCGACUCCAGUGGCAUGACCCCACUCGACGUCCUCCGGCAGCUACCCCACUCCUCGUCUUCCGACCUGCUGACGAGGCAGCUGAUGUCAGCUGGCGGAAUUUUUAGCUGCCAGGACUACUCCGCCAGGAGGGCUAUCGCGUCCCACAUAAAGAGGCAGAGCACAGGAGGCAGUCCCGGGACGUCCUUCAGAAUAAGCGAUAUCGAGAUAUUCCUUUACACGGGCGUGGACAAUGCGUCUGACGGGGCACGCAGCGUGGGGCCUGGAAAUUCCUCUCCUCGAGUUAUUAGUCGUCACGACUCGAAUGAGGAGACGAACAACCAUGGUAGUAGCGGUAGUAGUAAUCUUCCGCGCAAAGCAAAUAGUGCGACUGAAAGGCUAAAACGGUUUCUCUACUGGCCGAGGAUGAGGAAGGGGACAGUCACCGAGAGGCUCAAGAAAUUGGUGGACGAGACUUGUCCAGAGAAGGCGCCUGUGCCCUUGCGUGAGAGGUUUUCGAACAACAAGAGAACGCUCUCUGUGAGGAGCAAUGUGCCGAGUCCGGCUGCAAAGAAGAAACUGGCCUCGGGAGUUAUGCACGGCGUGAUGCAGGCCAUUCCAAGUUUCGCGGGGCACCACAGGUCGAGGUCGAGCUCCUUCUCGAAACUGUCAAUGUCUUCUCUGAGUUCAGUGGAUACUCAAAAGGGGGGAGGUCAGCCUGAAAAUGAGAUUGCAAAGGCUUCGUGCUCGAUUAGUGUUGUGAGUGAUGAUAUAUAUUGUGGGGCUAAAAACCACAAGAAGUUGAUGAACCAGUACCUCUGCUUUGGUGGUCCGCCACAACAUGUUGAGGUACCCACCAGCGACCUGCAGCCGUAUGAUAUUUAUGAGCGUUCUGUUUUGUCGGCAGCUUAA